CAAGAAUCAACCAAAGCAACCAAAUCAUCCGAUACUAUAGCCUACACCACCAAGUCAAAAGUUCAAAAAACCUUCAUCGAUCAACAGCAAUGGCUCUAAGUCUCUUUGGCAAUGGCCGACGCAGCAACGUCUUCGACCCAUUUUCCCUCGACAUCUGGGACCCCUUCCAGGGAUUUGGCCCUCUCAUGAACUCCUCCUCCACCGCCGGCGAAACCUCCGCCUUCGCGCAGACCCGAAUCGACUGGAAGGAGACUCCGGAGGCUCAUGUCUUCAAGGCGGACCUGCCCGGACUGAAGAAGGAAGAAGUGAAGGUUGAGCUGGAGGAAGGGAAUGUCCUUCAGAUCAGCGGAGAGAGGAGCAAGGAGCAGGAGGAGAAGAACGACAAGUGGCACAGGGUGGAGAGGAGCAGCGGCAAGUUCAUGAGGAGGUUCAGGCUGCCGGACAAUGCAAAGGUGGAUCAGGUUAAGGCUGCUAUGGAGAAUGGGGUGCUUACUGUGACUGUGCCCAAAGCACCGGAGCCGAAGCCCCAGGUUAAGAGCAUCGACAUCUCUGGAGCCUAAAUUUUCAAGAUCUUCAGGCCAUCACAUCUUGCUACUUUUCAUCAUUGUGUUUUUAGUCGUGUCUAGAUGGAGGUACAUAUAAGCUGUUAACUUGUAAACCCUUGGGCCUAGCAAAGGAUACCUCUCGUUACAUGCGGUAACGUUAUUAUGUAUGAACUUGAAUAAAUUAUGAAGAGCUUGAAUAAAUUUAGGUUGUUGUCAG